AUGAAAGUCAAUGAUCUUAAUCCAUACCGGCUCGGGCGUCGCCCGGGUCAACAAGGUCCGCGUCCUCUGUCGGGUGGCCAGGGCAGAGUCGAAAAGUUGGUUACUGGAAAAGCUUCCAACACCAAAAACUCAAAUACAAAUAACACUGUAGCUAGCACCAAUGAAAUUAGAUUAAGGAAAGAAAUAUUAACAAUCGGAACAUGGAAUGUUAGAACUCUAUGGGAAGCAGGAAAAUUAGAUCUGCUCAGACAUGAAUUAAAACGUUUCAGAUACGAUAUAAUUGGUGUUUCAGAAACUAGAUGGACAGGAAAAGGAGAAACAGCUACUGGAGAUUUUAUAUGGUCAGGUGAAGAAAACAUUCAUGCAAAUGGAGUAGGAUUUCUAUUAAGUAAGAAAGCUAAAAAUGCUUUAAUUGGAUAUAAUCCAGUUAGCUCACGAGUAAUCACAGCAAGAUUUAAUACAACUCCAUUCAAAAUCACGGCAAUUCAUGGGGAAAUAGCGGACUCCAAUCCAAUGGAGUCCAGUGAAGUCCAGUGGAGUCCAAUGGAGUCCAAUGGAGUCCAGUGGAGUCCAAUGGAGUCCAGUGGUGUCCAGUGGAGUCGUUUGAAAUUCUGGAGAGCACUUCACAAGUAUAUUAUAGACAUGUAA